AUGAAAACCACUUGCACACACGAGGACUGCUUCCACCUCAUUGAUGCAAAUGAAGGUCGACUGGCCAUUUGUAACCGAAAACCUUGGAAGAUUGUACUACCAGUUUGUGGAUUGGAGAAAUGGUUCUUAAAAAGAAGAAGCCAGGUAUAAAUGAUUAUAAUGAUUUUUAAGCAAAGAUUUCUAGACUCAGUUUCAUCUUUGCUUUGCUCCUCUGGUUUACUUGAUGUGAAUAUCAAUUGGGCUGUCAUCAGUGUUGAGAAAGAGAACCUUGAUAGGUUGUCUUCAGUUUCAAGUAUAGGUCAGAGUAUUUCCAGCAAGAUGUAAUCGUUUUUGAAUUUUGUACUUUUUUGUUUUCCUUGGUAAAGUAUUGAUCAAUUUUAUUUAAUUAUCAUAAUCUUAUAUGACUUUUUUUCUUCAGGGUUUGUCCUCUUCAAAUUUAGCUGCUAGAUCACAUGAUGAAGCAAGUGAAAUCAAUCCAAUGAAGUCUGCCACAGCAUUGAAGGUGACUCUCCUUGGCAGUGAGUGGAGUUCGUCAAUGGGAGGCUUGUCCACCAUUAACAGACAGCUUGCCAUUCUGUUGGCCACACACUCUGAAGUGGACGUUACUCUCCUUGUCCCCCAGUUUGCCUGUUCUGAAGAAGAGAGGAGAAUGGCUCGAAUUCACAAUUUAUCGCUCAGAGAGGCACAAAAACGUCCAGGUUAUGCCGAGUCCCUUGACUGGCUAAGUGCCCCACCGAGAGAUCUGGACAUUGACAUAGUAUUGGGCCAUGGAGCAAAGCUUGGUAAACAAGCUCAAUUUAUUAGAGAAUCUUACCAGUGCAAGUGGUUUCAGGUAGUGCAUACUGCACCCGAAGAACUCGGAAUGCACAAAAACUAUCCUAUGGCCAUUUGUAAAGGUGAAGAGAAGAAUACAACUGAAGUGGAGUUGUGCAAGUUGGCAGAUGCUGUGGUAGCAGUUGGACCAAAGUUGAAGAGGGCUUACUCUUCCUAUCUGCGCUCAUACGAGAAGCACCAGGAGAUAAUUCAACUGACGCCAAGCACGUUUAGUGCGUUUUCCGACGUAAAACAAGCUGCAGUUGACAUGGACAACUUUAAGGUUCUAACAUUUGGCCGUGGUGACCCAGAGGACUUCAGCUUGAAGGGCUACGAUAUCUCUGCUCGAGCAAUAGUUGAACUGAAAGACAGAUCUUACCAUCUGAUUUUCGUGGGUGCACCAGACGGUAAACAGGAUGAAGUUGCAAAGUAUUUACUCAUGAGUGGAAUUGAUAAAAACCAGCUGACCGUGAGGAAGUUCGUGCAAAGCAAAGAGAGAUUGAAAGAAUUAUUUUGUGAAGUUGAUCUCUGUAUCAUGCCCUCCAGAUCAGAGGGUUUUGGUUUGACAGCAUUAGAAGCGUUGUCUUCUGGUCUUCCCAUUCUUGUCAGUGGAAACUCAGGAUUUGGUGAAGCACUGUGCACUGUACCAUCAGGCAAAUCAUUGGUGGUGGAGUCUGAGGACCCUUGGGAGUGGGCAAAGGCAAUUGCUGGUGUCCGACAGAAGGAAAGAUCAGAUCGACUUCGAGAUAUUCAACAACUGAAGAGUUCAUAUGAAGAGAAGUUUAGCUGGGAGAAACAGUGUGACAGUCUUGUGGAGAAGAUGUGGGACAUAGUUCAUGGUGCGAAUGUUUUGAAUAUUCUUUUAAAAAGUGUUCUAGGGGGCUACUCGACUUUCAGUCUCUAAUUAACUGUUAUGGAAAGCAUGAACACCUCAUAUGAAAAUAAUGUUAAACAUGGAUAGUAGUCAGUCGUUUUAUCCUCUUGUUGAUUGCUGUGAUAUUAAAACAAAAGUUUCUUUUUAUCUCUUAAGCUUCUAAAAGACGAGACACAAGUUUCAGAACUCGGAAGGUCGAAGUUGUUGACACGUCAGCCGAACAACUAACAGCUGAUUCAUUACUGACACCAAGUAAGUAAAAGAAUUUAAUAACGCAUGAUAAUUGACAUCCACAAAGAAGUACAGACAGGUUAGAAGGAGAUCCAGGAAUUUCCCCUCCUUAACUUCCGACUUCAGGCCAGCUAAGCUUCGUGAAAACUCAGUGAGGUAUUUCUUACUUAUGAGACUUAUUGCUGUAUAUAUCCCUGCACUCUUCAGUCACAAAUGAAAGAAGUGUGUAAAAAAAUAUGGUUUUCUUUUACUUUCUGAUCCGAAAGGAUGGCUGAGUGUUAUUUAUUUCUUUUAGUCAUAUGAAGUUUUCAUCCCGUUUCAAUUGGAAACUACCAUAAAUUGUCUGAAACAGGGAGACUUGGGGUAUUCUUUUGCUUUUUCUCAAAACGAAGCCAAAGUUUAAACGGUGUUCCUAUCUAAACCGGUUUAUGUUCUAUUCGCAAUGCAGUUGUCUUUCGACACAAUAUCGAAGAAAUCACAUAUUCAUAUGGCAGAGAAAAUAUAUCAGUAUAUUUUUGAAGCCCGUAAUUUUCUCCAGGAUUCUUUUUUCCAGUUACACAGACAUGUCAGAGUAAUUUAUCCUCUGUGCCUCUUCUCUUGAUUAGUAGUGUAUUCAUUCACGGGUAUCUUAAAACCUUAAAUAACACCAAGAGCUACCUUUUUAAGGCUGAGUUGUUGUACAAAACAGCAGGAGUCUGGUGGUUGAAGCCCUUCUUUUCCUUUUUACCUCAAAGUUUCUCUUAUUAGAUUGGGGAUUCUCAUUUUCUAGAGGACGAUUGUUUCGUUUCUUUGAUGCAGUUAGAUUAAUGAGAACUUUGUCUCUCAAGGUUCUCUUGACCGAUUCACCCAGGAACUUCAGCAGAUGCAACUCGAUGCAAGCGAAGUCAAGAGCAAAACAGAUCUAUUAUUGGGGCUGAGGAAUAUUGUAUCAGACGCGGACUUCAGAAUAUCUGACAAUGAAGGAUCAGGAAAUUGCAUGUUCCAUGCCUUGUCCGAACAACUGGAAAUUGUUAAGGGAAUCGAAAUCCCACAUGGCGAAUUAAGACAAACCUUGGUCCAGUACCUCAGGAGUAAACCAAAACUUGUAAGCUGUUGUUAGUAUGUCUAACAGAGUAUGUCACGUGAUAUUAUUUUAAGGGUAUGAUAAAGGUUUAGUGAUAAUACAGGCCACUUGGCCAACACUACCAAAACCUAUCCCAGUGUUCACAGUGUGAAGUGACCAGGGGUACUGUUACUCCUCCUGUAUGGAAUGAUGGUCUCUUUUCAGGAGCUCUGAUACCAGCUUGUACCCCUAGUGGAAAGGGGAACUUGAAAGAUUUAACUUUAUUAUUUAAAAAGUCACACAAUGAUGCUGGUUACAGAUAAAUUCAUAUGUUACUUAACGUGUAAAUUGCUAAUUAAAGAUCAUCUCGUACCAUUCUGAUAAAGUUACACCCUGACUCGUACUUCACGCGCUCUAGUUCUUAUCAAAAAUCCUUUUAAGUUUCCUUCUUUAACUGGUUCUUCUUACAGCCGGAUGGAACAGAUCUGUUUCACUUUGUUCAUGGACAUCAAACAUGGACUGAAUACCUAGUAUACAUGCAACAAGAUGGCGCUUGGGGUGAUCACGUGAUUCUGUGUGCCGCAGCAAACUACUUUGAAACGCGCAUUCGUGUGGUCAGUAGUCUACUUCCUAGCAAUGAUGUCAUCAUUACGCCACAUUGUCCAGUUGACGAAAGCAAACCUCUUGUGCUGGGACAUAUUCAUGAGGCGCACUAUGUCAGCCUUCAACCCGUGCAAGGUACAGCUCAUUACAUUACU